UUUGAGUAUGCAGGCGCGGUGACGUCACCGCAGCUCCGCUUUUUCCUCAGUGAUCUGCUCUCGCCAUGGCGGAGCUGAAACUUUCAGACUUUCCCUAAAGACCUAAACGCCUUAUCCAAUGGAGCACCUCCAAGGAGCCUGGAAGACCUUAAGCAAUGGGCUGGGAAUGAAGGAUGCAGUGUUUGAAAGCCCUUGCUCCCCAACCAUGGUUCAGGGGUUCCCCUACCAGCGCCGCUCUUCGGACGACAGCAAAAUCCCUGACUCUAAAACCAGCAGCACCAUCCGAGUGUACCUGCCCAACCAGCAGCGCACUGUUGUGAACGUGCGGUCAGGUAUGACUCUCCACAGCUGCCUUAUCAAAGCUCUGAAGGUGCGAGGGCUCCAGCCUGAGUGUUGUGCCGUCUACAAGCUCCAUGCAGGACACCGGAGUAAAAAGUCUCGUAUGGACUGGAACACAGACUCUACCUCGCUCAUCGGGGAGGAGCUGCUGGUGGAGGUCUUGGACCAUGUACCUUUGACCACACACAAUUUUGUUCGAAAAACGUUUCUGAAGUUGGCUUUCUGUGACAUAUGCCAGAAGUUCCUUUUGAAUGGCUUUCGCUGCCAGACAUGUGGAUAUAAAUUCCACGAGCACUGCAGCACUAAAGUUCCUACAAUGUGUGUGGACUGGAGUAACAUCAGGCAACUCCUGUUAUUUCCAACCCCUGGUGAAAGUGGGGCUCCAUCUCUGCCUCACAUUACCUCAAGGAGGAUGAGGGAAUCCCUCUCCAGAAUCCCCAGCAGCUCACUGCACAGACAUUCAACCCCUCACGCCUUCAAUUACUCCACCGCCUACCCCCCCUCCGGAGGCGCUCUCUCGCAGAGGCAGCGCUCCACCUCCACGCCCAACGUGCACAUGGUCAGCACUGCCCUGCCUGUUGACAGCAGCAUGAUGGAGCUAGAUUGCCUGAAUACUUCUCCUAGCUCCGGGUGCCGACGAUUUUGUCUGAAGAGAAGAGACGCAAUACGACAUGGUCAUGGUUACGGUUCAGCUAGUAGUUCCCCAAGCCAGAGUCCGACUGGCUGGAACCAGUCCAAAACUCCAGCACCAGCUCCGAAAGAGAGAGCAUCGUCCUUCAAUUCUCAGGAGAAAAACAAAAUCCGGCCAAGGGAUAAGAGAGACUCCAACUACUACUGGGAGAUUGAAGCCAGCGAGGUGGUGCUUCACUCCAGAAUCGGAUCGGGUUCCUUUGGAACGGUAUACAAAGGGAAAUGGCACGGUGAUGUGGCAGUGAAGAUUUUGAAAGUUACAGACCCAACGCCAGAGCAGUUCCAGGCCUUCCGCAAUGAGGUGGCAGUUCUUCGGAAAACUAGACAUGUCAACAUCCUGUUGUUCAUGGGCUACAUGACGAAAGAUAACCUCGCCAUUGUGACGCAGUGGUGCGAGGGCAGCAGUCUGUACAAACACCUCCACGUGCUGGAGACCAACUUCCAGAUGUUCCAGCUGAUCGAAAUCGCCAGGCAGACUGCUCAGGGCAUGGACUACCUGCAUGCAAAGAACAUCAUCCACCGGGACAUGAAGUCAAACAACAUCUUCUUGCACGAGGGCUUGACUGUGAAGAUUGGAGAUUUUGGUUUGGCUACAGUGAAGGCCAGGUGGAGUGGCUCCCAUCAAGUGGAACAGCCUUCAGGAUCUAUUUUAUGGAUGGCCCCUGAGGUGAUCCGAAUGCAAGACAACAACCCAUACAGUUUCCAAUCAGACGUCUACUCCUAUGGCAUCGUUCUGUAUGAGCUGAUGACGGGAGAGCUUCCAUAUUCACAUAUAGCUAACAGAGAUCAAAUCAUCUUUAUGGUUGGCAGAGGUCAUCUCUCCCCAGAUCUCAGUAAGCUUUAUAAGAGUUGCCCCAAAGCUAUGAAGCGGCUCGUCGCCGACUGCAUUAAAAAGUCCAAGGAGGAGAGGCCUCUGUUUCCACAGAUCCUGUCCUCCAUCGAGCUGCUGCAGCACGCUCUGCCAAAAAUCAACCGCAGCGCGUCGGAGCCGUCCCUGCACAGAGCCGCGCACACCGAGGACAUCAACUCCUGCACUUUGACCUCCAUGAAGCUGCCUGUCUUCUAACGCAGCCGCCCAUGCCAAAUGCUCACCGUCACCUGCAGCAGGACAUGGGGGUUCCUCUCGCGGGACUGUGAGCUCCUGCAGCAGAGCGGCUCUGAACUGAGGGAACCUGCUUUGGGCUUUGGUUGGUUUGCCGGAAGUUUUGCUGAACUUUUGCUGAACUUUUGCUUCUCUGCUCUGAUGGUGAGGUCUGCCUGACUGAAGUAUCUGAAGUCUAGAAGGAUGGAUUAAAUACGUUUUUAUUAGCUGGGUAAUGGACUAAUGCACUUGCCUCAAAAAAAAGAAAAGAGUGGUUUUGGUCCCAAAGGAACCUAAAUCAAGCUUGUAUAUGUACUUCAUUAUGAUAUUCACGUUUCUAAAACAGGUCUGAUCGUUGUUAACAGCUAAGAUGAGAUCUAAUUCAUGCACAAAACAAAUUAUCUCAGAUUUUUUUUCACUUCAUUGCAACAGUUCCAAGCAUGUAAAGAUUCAGGCUGAUGCUGAUGCUGAUGGUGAUGCUGUAGCCGAUAGUAAUUCACACGUUUGGCUGCAAAACGGCCAAAAAAACGUCCUUUCAAAGCUCAGUAGACAGAUUUAGUUUCUAUAGCUUGCUGACACACUCUUUAUUU